AUGCCGUCUUUGAACCUGACUCCCCUCUCCUCCCUCCGCCUAAGCACCCACUACAUCCCCACACACGCUCACAUCCCUAAUACAACGCCACAUAAUCAUCCCCUCUUCAUCUACCACUCUGCUUUUCCUCCCUCAACCUCAGCCUCCACAUUAGAGUCGCAUCUCCCCACCAACAAUCUUUCACCACAAUGGCGUUACACAAUGUACACCACGACGCACUACCAUAGCACCACACAUGAAGUCCUCUGUGUAUUCAACGGCCGUGCAAAACUAUUGUUCGGCGGAGAAUCCAACCCGGGGAACGUCGAAACGGAGGUCAAAGCCGGAGACGCUAUUGUUGUGCCUGCGGGUGUCGGACACAGAUUGAUUGAAGAUGCUGAGGGUGGUUUCCAGAUGGUUGGCAGUUAUCCGAAGGGAUGUAGUUGGGAUAUGUGUUAUGGGAAGCAGGGAGAAGAGAAGAAGGCGGAGGCGGUGGGGAACGUGGAGUGGUUGGAAAAAGACCCCUUGUAUGGGAACGAUGGCCCGGUGACUUGGGCUAAGGAGAAGCUCGAGAAGUUCUGUCGGGGGGACAAGAGUGAACUGUGA